AUGGGUAUUUUUGCUUCUAAUCUGCGUCCACUGGCCUUGAACUGCGCUGCUUGGGAACCAAGCCGGCUCAUCUGCCAAGUCAAGCCGCCCCAAUUCAAAAAGCCAGAUAAACCCACAAAAUUUCGCGAAGGCUCCGGUACAUAUUACCGCAACCAAAAUGCCUCCCGCCACCCAACCUAUCCACUGGAGCCAAUGAGCCACAUCGUUGCUUGUGGCAGUUUAAUGGGUAAUCUGCUCCUCUUCGCUCGAGGCUCAGACAAAACAUUCAGGAUCCUCGUCGAGGCUGUCGGGGACACAGUAUUCUUUCUGCGACGUGAGAAGUCGCCCUUCGAGACUAUCCCAGGUGUUUAUGGGUAUGGACACUCGUUUCCGGAGGCAUAUACAGCCUGGGCAUACGACAUGCGGGGUUCGGAGUCAUACCAGCGCAUAUUAGAGUACGAGUUUGCGGGUAUGAAGGCUUUGAUUAGAUUUGAAGGAGACGGCUUUUUGCCAGAGCGUGUUCCAGGUCAUGGGGACAGACCGAAGGCGCCGCCUUCCGGGCUUUCUUCAAAUUCUCAGUCGUACUCGGAUACUAGGUCUAUUCCUAGGGAUACGAUGGAUGAAGAGUUGCUCGAGUCGAUGGCCAAUACUGCAGACUCGGCUGCAUACCCAACUAAAUCGACAGAGCAGACAAAGUCUCUUCGUAUUGAGAAAAGGGGACGGCGCAUCCCUCAAUCUACAGUGUUCGAUUUAAAAUCUCGAUCAAGGACAAAGAUAGAUGCUGAUACAGCGUCAGAAGAGAUGCCCAGGUUGUGGGUUGCUCAGAUCCCAAACUUCAUGCUAGCACAUCAUGAAUCCGGAGUCUUCACAUCGAUCAAGAUCAUUGAUACAAAAGAUGCUAUUCAAGCAUGGGAGGAGGAAAAUCAAAAAGCCUUGGCAGAGUUUGCGGCCCGUUUGAGGAGGUUGGUGGCAUUUGCAAGGAGUAUGGAGAAGUUUGAGAUUGUUCGGGAGAAUGUUGGCAAAGAGCUUGAGUUACGAGAGCAGGGAGGGGAUAUCACUGGUGUAUUACCGCCUGAUUUAAUGGAGACAUGA